AGGGGCGGGGCCGGAUCGGGAGGGCGCUGAGCCGGCGACCAGCUCAGCGCCCAGAGCCUCCGAGGCGCGGCGGGAGCGCAGCGAGUGCUGGGCGCUCCGAAGGCUCCCGCGACCCGAGGUCGCUUGUGCUCGUGCUCGGAGCUCUCCCGCGGCCCGACGGCUUCCGCGGCCCGAGGUCUCUAGUGCUCCGAGAUCUCCCGCCGUCCGAGUUCCCCCGUGGCCCGGGGUCUCCGCCCCCACCAUGCGGCCGAGGAGAGAUUCAGGAAGAAGCAAUCAGAGCGAUGGUGGGCAGUGAUGUCUGGCUCAGCUGCAUGUACCCCGAAGGAAACACCUUCGAUUUAAAUGACCUUUAUGUUUACUGGCAAAUCAGUGUGCCGGGCAAACAGAACACCAACUCUGUGGUGACUUACUACCUCUCGGGAAACAGCUCUGCCGGCCACGUUAACAACCACUACAAAGACCGGGCCCGGCUGUCCCUGGACGGCAUGAAGCAGGGCGACUUCUCUCUGCACCUGCACAAUGUCACUCCCCAGGAUGAGCAGAAGUUCAACUGCCUGGUGUUUCGAAAAUCCUUAGAAUUAGAAAAGAUUUUGGAAGUCACGGUCACGCUAAACGUGGCAGCAAACUACAGCAUGCCGGUGGUCAGCGGCCCAUCCCAGGACGAGGAGCUGGUCUUCACGUGCACGUCCACGAAUGGCUACCCGUGGCCCAGAGUGUACUGGAUCAACAAGACGGACAACAGCCUGCUGGACGACGCCCUGCAGAACAGCACCGUGUCCCUAAACGCGCGGGGCCUGUACAACGUGGUCAGCGUCCUGCGGAUUGGGCGGAGCCCCCCCGUCGACGUGGGCUGCUGCAUUGAGAACGUGCUUCUUCACCAGAACCUGACCAGCGGCCAGACGGAAAUGUUCACGGGAACCAAGGACAGCAUCACAGAGGACCCAGUGGACGACACCCAAGAUGCGGUGAACCGGCCGGUGCUCAGCGUCCUUGCUGUGCUAGUCGUGGCCGUGGCCGUGGCCGUGGCCACGGGCUGGCUGUGCAGGCGGAGAUGUCCCUACAGAAGCUACGCAGGCGCCCAGGCUGCGAGACCGGAGCUGGAGCUCACGGGUCAGUUUGCCAGGAGGGAAGGAGACCCGUGGAGGAAGCGUGGGUCCACGGGCUCGGGCGAGCUGGGCGCUCCACACUCUCUGUGCCCGCCUUUCAGCACGGGUGCUACUCGAUGACCAGGAAAUAGGCGUUUCCAGUUUCAGAGACGGUGAAAUCCCAAGCGAAGGCCUUGUCCCCCUGGCCUUCCUUGGCGUGUAAGCCCGUCCUCUCGCUGACACUGUGCUAUGGGAUUUUCCAAAUGUACAGCCACGCGUACAUGUCAGCAGAGAGCCUGGGACCACAGCCCCGCUGCCCCUCCCCAGCUGCCCGGCUCAUCCUCCUGUUCUCCCUCGUCUCAGCCCCACCCCUCGGGGGCGGGGCCUCUCCAGUGAGUCCAGACCCUUUGUUCAGGCACCUCACCGGCCAAGAGCAAAGGUCAGAGUGAUUCCCGCCCCAGUUUGGGAAAGUAGCCACACGCAGGGCCUUCAGUUUCGGUUUCCUACUGGCAGGUGCCUCGGGCUGCCAGGCCUUGGUGGUCAGGCCAGCGGGCUCCACGCCUGAGGCCAACAACCAUGCCCUGAGCCCCGUUUCUCCACCUGUGAGAAGGGUCGUCGGGGAGGGUGGGCCCGAGGUGAGCACGACCCACACGGCAGUGGCCGCCCACCUGUUCACCCAGGUGAUUCCGGGGCACGCGGCUGCCUGGGGCUGCAGCAGAUUCCCUCCCGAGGCUGCUUUCAGACCAUGCGGGACACGGCUUGCUAAAGAAUCCGGGCCUGCUGACCCGAGAGUCCGAUGCAGCGCCCGUCUGCAGGCGUUUUCAACCCUGUUUUCACCGUCCUGGUUCCUGAGAAGAUGAGUCUCUGCUUGCAGAGAGAAUGAGCCAGCUCUGUGCUCAUGCCCCUCUCCUCUUUCCUUCCAAGAGCACGUGUGAUGAGAGCUCCCCCAGGACGUGCCACCAGUGGGGACGUCGGGUGGCAGCUUGAGAAUUGACCCGGGCAGGCUGGACAGAGGACACCAUCUGCGCCCGUAUUGGGGGCUGCACGGACACUGGGCCACCUGGCCUUGUGGGGACACGCAGGCGCCCCCUGGAAGGGCCGCGCUGACCCCAGGGAGCACGUGGCGGGCACUGACCUGAUCCUGGCAGCCCUUUCAAAAGGUCGGCAACUCCUCGGGGAUACGUGUGCCCCCAAGUAGGUGGGCUGCCCACCUUCGCUGCCAAACACAGAACAAGAAAAGCAUUGUGACGGCUCCUUUCCACCACCAGCCCCCAGAGCCUGCAGCGCUUCUCAGCAUCCUGGACCGGACGGGUUCCUGAGGCCACUCUCUUCCGGGAUGACCUGCGCUAGGCCGUGUUCACUCCAGGUUCAGGGGCCGCGUGCUGGCUCUGCCGGUCAGCCUCCUGCCCCACCUCCGCCCUGAGGACCCGGCGUCUGUGCAGACGCGUCCUGAAGCACUGAGCGGGCGGCACCAGACAAAGCCCUGGAACUCAUGUCCCUCCAGAACACUCCCUGGGAGGAAAACCCGACCUCAUUUGUUGGUCAAAAGCUAGGUUUCCCUCCUCAAAAACACAAUGAAAAAACAAAAACAGUGGAAUUUUGGGAGAAGGUCUGUGCUGGGCGGUGCAGCUGGGCGUGGUGGCCCGGGGUUCCGCUGCGGGGGACAGGCAGGCAGGGCUGGGACACACAUCUCCAGAAGACACCAGCAUGGACAGGUGACCGUCACAGUCCUUCAAACUGGGGCCGUGAGUGGACGGUGGCGGCCUUCCGGCCGCGUGGUCGCCUUUCUUCAAACGCAGAAGCAGUUCCCUCGAAUCCUGCUGGGCAGCCCCUGC